AUGGAACAUGAUUUGGUGAACAGCCGUAGGCGGUUGGAAUUGAAUUUGGCUCAAGGAGAGGAGCAACAAACUAAAUUAAAGUCAAACGACCAAAACAGAGGUCAAGAAAGACUAGACCCUUCAAAAGGAAGAUGUUUUAAGCCACACCAACAAAAGAAGAAGUUUCCUCUUGGAAGUUGUUAUAAUUGCGGAAAGUAUGGACACUUUAAAAAUGAUUAUCCCGAAAAUCAAGAAGAAGUUGAUGAGAAGGUCCAAGAACAGAAAGGACCAAAUAAACGUGAAUUUGUGGGAGUUAUUGAGUGCAAUGCUGGUCAUGUUGCUACAAUUAUUGAUGGAUGGUGGAUUGAUUCCGGAAUUGGUACAUACAAGUUGGAUCUUGAGGAUAGUGUGAUGUUUCUCAAGAAUGUAAUGUUUGCUCCAAGCAUGAGGCGUAAUCUUGUUUCUGUUCCUGCACUCUUAAAAAAUGGGUUGGAGGUGCGUUUUUAUAACAAACGGGUUUCCAUUAGGAAAGAUAAAAAGAUAUAUGCAAUGGGCAAGUAUGAGCCCGAUCAUGAGUUAUUUAAAUUAUGA